AAACCACCCGGCGCUUCACGAGAUUGGUGACCUUGAGACGCCCGUAGGCCAUCGGCAAAUUCGGCAUUGAACAAUGUAGCAGUGAAACCGACUGACUGAUAACCACGAACGAUAUAAUAUUGAGAAUGAUAGCAUCAUGAAAUUUCGUAAUCCGUCUUAAAUAUAAAUACUUGUUGGGGUAGGAAGGACGGCAUUGUCAUUAAUCGAUCUUUUUCGAGAAAUUCCGAAUAUUUACAGUGCUUCGAAGUAGUUUUUUAUGUCCUUGAAUCUUGAUUAACUGUAGUAAAGUAAACGGUAUCGCGUCAAAGGCGAAACUGGACUUGGGAAUGCUCUUUUGGAAGAACAACAUGAGAAAUCCCUCUAAAAUGAAUUAUCCGUUUUACAAAUUUUGUAUGCGGAGCCAUUUAAACGUCCUGUGAAAACAUGGAAAGUGCAGACACAGGAGAGGACAAAAUUGACCUGGAAGAAGGUGAACUUGAAGACGAGUCUGGAGAUGAAACCGGUGGUCAAAAAGAGCAGAUAAAAAAGGAUGAGAAUCGAAAAGCCGUGAAAAGUUCAACAGGUGGUGGCCGUGGCGGAAAAUCGAAAGAGGCAAGCCGAAAGCAUAAAAAUGAUUCUUCGGAUGCGAGAAAACCCGACGGCGGAUCCAAGAGUGGUAAACGCGGUGAGUCCAAGAAACCACCAACGCGAUCGCGAGAAUUUUCCAAGGAAAAAGAUUCCGAUAAACGAAACGACGCGAAAGUGAAACGGAAAAGCAAAGAGAAUCCCUCAUUCGAGGAUGAACUGAACGAAUACAAGCAGCUGAAUUCCCAUCGUGGCCGGCGCCACAGUCACAGUGGGGAUUCCGAUUCCGGUCACGGUGACUCCGGUGGCCACUCCCCGGACGCGCGGCGUCAUCGCGGAUCUCGUGACCCUCGUCCAAAUGCACCUAGCUCCUCUUCUUCGCGUCCUCCUUUUAAACGGCGCAAAGAAGAAUUUCGACCGCCCAAAGAGAAGAAAAUUCCUUGCAAAUUCUUCGUCGAGGGCCGGUGCAAAUAUGGCGAUCAGUGUCCGUUUAGUCAUAACAUUCCGCAGACAAAAAAGCUGGAAGCCUGUAAAUUCUACAUGGGUGGUUACUGCCAGAAGGGCGUCAACUGUGUCUACAUGCACAGUGAAUUCCCGUGUAAAUUCUUUCACACGGGUCAGCGGUGCUAUUCCGGGGAUGCGUGCAAGUUCUCGCAUGAUACGCUGUCGACGGAGCAGAAAACGGCCCUCGACAGACUGCUGGAAAAAGAGAACAGGGAUUCUUAUUCACGAGGGCACCGAAAUGACGCCUUGAAAGAAGGUCCGGAAGGUCACCACCACGUGACUGAUAGCCCGGCGAAACUGGCCAAUUCAUUCCUUGAAAACUUGUCGCGCGAUCUCCUUGGACCCAGUGCUGAGAACGAGAGUCCUAACUGGAACAACAACACCCGGCGCCGUCCGGAAUUUUUUCGUGAAACAUUGUAUGGGGAAGACCGCAACCGGUACCCGGAAGAGCGGCAGUACGGCGAAGAAGUUGAAAAUAAGCCAGAAACGUCGUCAGCCCGACUGGAGAAUGGGGAAAACGAACUUGAAGGCUUUGGUCAAGGAGAAUCUCCGCAUGAAGGCAGCUCUCACCAACACGGUACUGCGGAUGCGAGCAAAUCGCUGCCGAAGCGUCAACGUGAAUUAUUCCUGCGACUGCAGCAGCGUGCUCAGCAUGGGGUUGCACGACAGGUGUCGGAAGCAGAAGGAAGCUACGAUGCCGGUACCGGUGGCAACCAGGAGGAUGAGAUGUUUGAGCCAAAAGGCGAGGGUCAACAUGAAGAAAAUUUUCCAAAGCCGGAAUCUUCCGUGGUGAAAACACACUGGAAUGAGAGCGAUGAUGAGGACGAAGGGAACGAUCAGGUUCUCGCAAAUUCUCUGAAACGUCUUCAGGAAGCGCCAAAAGAAUCGCGCUGGAGUCGCCCGCUUUCCAGCCAUCCACCAGCUCGUGCACCUUUUCCCGCUCAAAACUAUCCGCGUAGCCAACCAGAGCAGUUUCCGCCAGCCAACGCUCCAUACGGUCAACCUGCACAUGCUCCGUUCUAUCCACCUGUUGACCCGCCGGUGAAUCACGAGCGACCGGCGCCGUUUGACGGCCGCGAAGAGUUCACGAACCGUGGCAAAACUCUGUUACCCUUGCCUCCUCCCGCACGAGAACCGCUGCUGAUGCCACCGGCACCCGUGGAGGUGUAUCCGCCGUACUCGCAAACUGCCCUCCAAGGGGGUCUGCUGGCGCCGCCCACUGGGCAGUACAACGAGUACGAAGAUCCCAACUGGAACUAUGCACAGCCCUCUCCUGUUGAUCCGCGUUUGAAAUCCCCUCCACAUCCUCAUACGCCGGUGCCGGUGGUGCAGGCAAAUUCCUACCCACCGACACCGCUGCAGCCCGGCUACGGGCGCCCUCCGGCGGUGUACAAUCCUCCUGCACCGUCGACGGCACCUCCUUAUACAGUUCCUUCGUAUUCGUACCCUGCACCGACUCCUGGCACUACUCACGACACCGCCUAUCCGGGCGGUUAUCCUGGCCAGAUGCCUGUGCAUUCUCAGUAUGUUCCUCCUUAUGGUUCGGCCGUGCCGUCGGUUCCUUCCACUGGGCUUUUGCCCGGUAUGGCUACAACGGGAGAUCCUCGUUUACAGCGCAGCACCGCUUCGGAGAUUGCUUCCCCACCACAGGACAUGCACGUCCCGUCCGCUUUGGGGUCUGUUCUAAAUACGCCGGCCAUCGAAGCCGUUAUCCAAAAACUGCUGGCUGAGAAAGAAUUAGGGAAAAAGACGGAAAAGGAAGCAGUUCCCGUGGUACCGGAGCUGGAAGGGUCACUGGCCAAAAACACCGAUCCGCCCUUGUACCGGUUGGAGCCUAUCGAAACCUGUAAGCCCAACAUGAAGGAAGUGUAUUUCCGGGUGAGCGCCUACCGGUCUACCGACGAGCUGAAUCGCGAUCCGCGACUGUCUAAGAUCAUUCCGGUCCUGACUUCGGAUGAGAUGGAUCGCAGUAAAACUGUUGCCGCUCCUGCUCCCAGUGUAGUGUCCCCGGCUGAACCGCAGGAACAGGAAGACUCCACUAAAGCCUCUCUGGAGUUUGAUGCUUUUACGGCAUUACUGCAGCAGGCGUUAGGAAACAGUAAGAAGCGCAAUCCGGAUGAUGUGGAUAAGGAGCUAAGUCCGAACAGUAAGAAAAAUCGCCGUGUAGCUGCCAGUGCUCCGAUGGAUACGUAUUCGUAGAAGCCAAGGUACAGCUAACUGGGAAUGGGUUUCGUCUGUGAUGGUUACCGAAUUAAUUAAUCGUGGGACUGGCUUUGGAAAUGUCCAGUUGAUCUUUAGUCGUGGAAAGUUACGUAUUUAAUAAUUGGUGUUUAUUUGUCAUGUAGUAACGCCUUUUGUUGACUGACUUCUAUUUUGUUGUUUGUUUUCUAUGUUAUUUUGUAAUGUAGCGUAAAAGUCAUCGAAGGCUAGUGGAAUCGGCUUUUAUUAUUACGAAGUGUUUGAUUUUAGUUAACAAUAAAAACGAAUAUACCG